CCGAGCCCGAAAACUUGCAGACACCGCCCUAAGCUUGAGCUCGAGCCCCAACCCCAGACUCAGACUCAGACUCAGCCUCAGCCUCAGCCUCAGCCCCAGCCCGAGUCCGACUGGAGUUCAGCCGGUCCGCGCAGAGCCCUCGGCCGCUCACCGCCGCCGCUCCCGCGCGCCGGGCCGCCCUCCGUGCUUCUCUCGGCCCGCUCCCGCCCCCGUGGCCCCUCUGCCCAAUGAAACUGGCCGCGAUGAUCAAGAAGAUGUGUCCGAGCGACUCCGAACUGAGUAUCCCGGCUAAGAACUGCUACCGCAUGGUCAUCCUCGGCUCGUCCAAGGUGGGCAAGACGGCCAUCGUGUCGCGCUUCCUCACGGGCCGCUUCGAGGACACCUACACGCCCACCAUCGAGGACUUCCACCGCAAGUUCUACUCCAUUCGCGGCGAGGUCUACCAGCUGGACAUCUUGGACACGUCCGGCAACCACCCGUUCCCGGCCAUGCGGCGUCUCUCCAUCCUCACAGGAGACGUCUUCAUCCUGGUGUUCAGCCUAGAUAACCGCGACUCCUUCGAGGAGGUGCAAAGACUCAAACAGCAGAUCCUGGACACCAAGUCGUGCCUCAAGAACAAAACCAAGGAGAACGUGGACGUGCCGCUGGUCAUCUGCGGGAACAAAGGGGACAGGGACUUCUACCGCGAGGUGGAGCAGCGCGAGAUCGAGCAGCUGGUGGGCGACGACCCCCAGCGCUGCGCUUACUUCGAGAUCUCGGCUAAGAAGAACAGCAGCCUGGACCAGAUGUUCCGCGCGCUCUUCGCCAUGGCUAAGCUGCCGAGCGAGAUGAGCCCGGACCUGCACCGCAAGGUGUCGGUGCAGUACUGCGACGUGCUGCACAAGAAGGCCCUGCGGAACAAGAAGCUGCUGCGGGCGGGCAGCGGCGGCGGCGGCGACCCCGGGGACGCCUUCGGCAUCGUGGCCCCCUUCGCGCGUAGGCCCAGCGUGCACAGCGACCUCAUGUACAUCCGAGAGAAGGCCAGCGGCGGCGGCCAGGCCAAGGACAAGGAGCGCUGCGUCAUCAGCUAGGAGCCCCCCGCCGCACUCAGACCCGAUCCAAGGAGGACCUUUUUUGUUUAAAAGUCAAAUCCGACGCCCUGGUCAGUCCGUGCAUUCCGGGCCCCGCUAGCAAGCCGACGGGCGCCUUCCUUCCCUACGACCCGCGUCCCGGGCCCUGGGGAGGCGCCCCGGAACCCAGACGGGACGGUCAUCUGCUGUGGAAGGAAAGAGAGUACUGAGACUGGGACUUCUCCGCCUUUGAGCCUCUCCAUUAGUGUCCACGCGCUGGCGACGGCGUGGGGGACAUCAGACUUUAGUAGGGAGGGAGGGGUGUGGAGUUCAUCAGCCUUGUUAGGCUUCAAGUAGCUGCCCUGGGCCCACCUAAGGGUCAGGACCUACGGGCAUUAUCAUGUGCGGGACUGGCGUUGUCAGGACAAGCUGGCAGACGCCUCUGCCCUCAGAAACUGACCGGGGUGUGGGUCCAAUCAUAACCAAGUGAAUUGUUUACAUGUGUGUGGAGUUGCACAAAGGAAAAACAAAACUUGCACUUUACUAGUAGUUCUGGUGUCACGUGGACACGAACAAAAUCUCCAGGUGUUUCUACUGUGUGAGGUCUUUAAAGUUAUUAUUGUUGGUUUUUUUAUUAUAAAAUAAAAUAAUUUAAAAUGGAAAAGUUGGCUUCUUUUUGCUUUUAGAACU